UGCCUCCUCUGACUCUGACGGACAGUCCUCACUCAUCAGCUGGAACCCGCGACGCUGCUGACCCACUUCACCGCACGGCGGUACCACUGUGUCCCGGCGCCAGCAGCCGUCCGUCUCGCCCGGAACAGUCUCGCCCGGCGUCGUGACGGCCGGAGCCGCCGGAGGGGCCGGAGGGUCCGCGGGGACGUCAGCAGCUGCUCCUCAAGGUGCCUCCACGCAGGCUUGUGCUGGAGCUGCUGAAGCGGCCAUGUUGGAUCUCUUCCUCAGAGUGCUGGCGUUGACUCGUCUUGACCCGUCGGCCCGCAGCACCUUGCUGCCAACCUAACUCCUCCUCCCACAGCUCUUCUCCCAUUGCCAGGUUCCUGUGGAAAAUGUCCCGUCCUCAUGAGAAGCUGCUCACCUGGAGCUCACCCCACCUGCUGCUGCUACCACUGACCCACUUCUGUCUGCUGGCCCCGCCCACAGAUGCAGCAACAGGAAUGUGCCGGGUCACUGGCGGCAUUCUAGGAAUCCAUUGGAGCAGCACCAUUGGCAUGGGCUGGUACCCGCUGGCGAUUGGCCGAGGUGGUGCCACGUGCUGGGAGUCGUGCUGCUUGGACCCGAGCUGCGACGCCGUGUGGAGCCUCGGUGGCCGCUGCGUGCUCCUCAACUGCCAACAGAAGGGCGGGUGCCCCAUCUCCGCCCUGCCCCCACCUCACCACGAGUCGAUUGGCCUCCUGCAGCUGCUCUCCAAGGGCCCCGUCAUAACGAAGCGCAGACGUCGUCGCCACGCUCUGCUCGCAAGAGGCCACAAAAUGAACCCAGGACAGCUCACCAACACGGAAUCGGCCCCCACGGUUCCCAGCAUCUCCGUCCCUCAGCAGACGGCCCAGAAGAACCUCAGCCAGUCCACCAAUGGGAGUUCAGAUGCAGCUGCUGCUCCGUCCCAGCAGAACUCGACGGUCAACGGCACUAUCAACCCCGCAGUGUCUUCCAUCAGCGCUGAUGUCAGCACCCCCACGGCAGUCGCUGUUGCCACGACGCCAACCGAGUCUGUGCGGGAGCUGGUGGUGUCUGCAGGAGAGAACGUGGAGGUGACUCUCCCCCGCAACGAGGUGGAGCUCAACGCCUUUGUUGUGCCGACGCCGCCACCAGGGACCCACUACACCUUCGACUGGCAGCUGAUAACGCAUCCCAAAGAUUACAGCGGGGAGACGGAGGGCCAGAAGAGCGCCACGCUGAAACUCAGCAAGCUGACCGUGGGCCUGUAUGAGUUCGGCGUGACGGUGGAGGGCGAAGGCUCGCGCGGAGAGUCGUACGUCAACGUCACGGUUAAACCAGAGCCACGGGUAAACAAGCCUCCAGUUGCUGUAGUUUCCCCCGAGUUCCAGGAGAUCUCCCUGCCGACCAGCUCCACGCUGAUAGACGGAAACCAGAGCACUGACGACGACAAGGUGGUGGCGUGGCACUGGGAGGAGGUCAAGGGCCCCCUGAGGGCCGAGAAGGUUUCCGCCGACACCCCUAUCCUCACCCUUACCAGCCUGGUGCCGGGAAACUACACCUUCAGUUUGACAGUAACAGACUCAGACGGAGCUACAAACUCGACCCAGGCCUCGCUCUCCGUAUACAAAGCCAAGGACUACAAGCCUACGGCCAUUGCCGGCGCGAACCAGGUCAUCCAGCUGCCGCGCAACUCCAUCACUCUCUACGGCAACCAGAGCACUGACGACCACGAUUUCCUGUCCUAUGAGUGGUCGCUGAGCAUGGAGAGCAAGGACAAGGUGGUGGAGAUGCAGGGAGUUCGGACCCCCAUCCUGCAGCUGUCGGCCAUGCAGGAGGGCGACUACACCUUCAAGCUGACCGUGACUGACUCAGCGGGGCAGCAGGCCACCUCCGAGGUGACCGUCAUCGUGCAGCCAGAGAACAACAAACCGCCAGUGGCAGACGCCGGACCAGAGAAGGAGCUGACGCUGCCGGUGGACAGGACCACACUGGACGGCAGCAAGAGCAGCGACGACCAGAAAAUAGCUACGUACCACUGGACCAAGACCAGUGGUCCUGAUGGUGUGAAGAUUGAAAAUGCUGACAAUGCUGUUGCCACAGUGAUGGGUCUCGAGGUCGGUGCAUACGAGUUCACCCUGACUGUAACUGAUGAGAGGAAUCUGAAGAGCAGCGACACUGUGACGGUCAUCGUUAGGGAAGAAAAGGACCAGCCGCCGGUGGCACACGUGGUGUCGAGUCCACCCAUCUCUCUGCCGGUCAGGACGGCUAUCUUGGACGGGUCCCGCUCCACUGACGACAAAGGUGGCAUCAGUUACCUGUGGACCAGGGAGGACACCAGCCCUGCCGCUGGGGAGGUCCUGAACAACUCGGACCACCAGGCGGUUCUGUUCCUGGGAAACCUGGUGGAGGGGAAGUACAGCUUCAAGCUGGCGGUGACGGACAGUAAAGGCCAGACCAACUUGGCCAGAGGCACGGUGGAGGUCAGAGCAGACGUCUGGGAGCGCGACCUGGUGGAGAUGGUGCUGGAAGUGUUGGUGUCGCAGGUCUUCCAGCGCCAGCGCGACAUGCUGCUCCGUCAGGUGGGAGUCCUGCUGGGCGUGCUCGACAGUGACAUCAUCGUCAGAGAGAUCAGCGCCUACAACGAGCACAGCACCCGUCUGGUCUUCCUGGUGUCGGGCGGUCCGGGGCGCCCCCCUCUGUCCGGUCGCAGCGUCGCUCUCAGCCUUCGGAACAAACUGCGCAAACAGAAGAGCGACUUUCUGAUCUACAAAGCCCGGCGGGUCGACACCGUCAUCUGCCAGCUGAACUGCUCCAGCCACGGCGAGUGUGACUCCUUCACCCGGCGCUGUGUGUGUCAUCCCUUCUGGAUGGAGAACUUCAUCAGAGCUCAGCUUGGAGAUGCAGAGAGCAACUGUGAGUGGAGCGUCCUCUAUGUGACCAUAGCCUCUUUUAUGAUUCUGGUUGCUAUGGCAACGCUUGUCUGGGGAGUGGUGUGCUGCUGCAGCAGGCGAAAGAACAAAGCUCGCCGGAGCAAAAGUCGAUACAAGAUGCUGGAAGCUGAGGAGCAAGACAGUCUGGAGCUUCAGCUGCCGAGAGCUAUCCGCCUGAAGCCCGUACCCCCCCCCACCUCCUCGGCCCUCAUGCACUCCGACUCCUCCCUGGACAGCGAGGACGGGCAGGGCGGCGCCCCGUGGACGGAGCAGGAGCGCGGCCAUCUGCUGGGGCCCCAGAACGGCUCCCUGAGGAACGGCCAGGGGCCCGUCAGAGCCAAGAAGCAGAGAGAGGAGCACCUAUAGCUAGGGAGGGGGGGGGUCCUCCUCCUCUCCUCAUCCCUGAAGACGCUGAGGAGGGAACCACGGGAGUACCACUGUACUGAAGUCCCGCCCCCUCACUGAGCUGAGGGCGGGGCUGUCGCACGGAGACUCCGCCCCCUCCGAUGGCGGCCUACAGACGCUUUAAUGACACAACAACCAGCCACUGAGCACACUCACGCCCCCCUGCCUGUGGACACGCAUGCUCGACACACACGUGUGUUUGACCCAGAAGCUAGCAAACACUGCCACGUCUGAGGACGGUUCUCAGCAGAACCGGACAGAACCCGAGUAAAGGCCCCUGCAUGAGGAGUGACAGGCCGAUGCCCGAGCAUCGGCUGCAUGUGCGUGAGUUUGUGUGUGUUGCUGUGUUUUCAUGUCUGUUAUGAGCUAACUGAGCCGUCACAACAUCUGCAGCCUCCGCGCUUUUAUUUUGAAGGGCCGUCAGUGCUGCGACCCACACUGGAGGACCGACCGGUUGGGUCUCGGCGGAGGAGAUGAUGCAGGUCUGCUUCCUGCUCCUUCACCGCGGGGCUCCCCGGGUUUGUUGGCUGUCAGACCCGUCGGUGGUUAGACGUUGAUGCACUUUGAUACGAUGUCUCUUUUUGUUGCUGCUGUUGCUUUAAAAGGGAGAAGUUUGACUGUUAAAGUUUAAACGUCAGAGGUCUGCUGAAGUUUGACAUGAAUAUGUUUUAAUCAGAAAAUCUUCAUGACAUGUAGAACUUACAGGUGGAAGUUUUAUUUCUGAACACGUUUUAAAUUUGAGGCAAUUUAUUUUACGUUCAGGAG